AAUCCCCAACAAAGCCAUGAAAAAUUUGUGGGGCACAUAUAAAUUUUUUAGCUCACCGACCGUCGCUGAUCCCCCAAAUUUUUUCGUUGUGUUCAAAUGUGUAACUUUAAUUUAUAAUUACAGUAAAAUCUUGGUAAUUUUAUAAAUCAUCAGUUUCUUUCAAGUUCAUAUCACUGUUAGGUAUUGCUUGUAACAGUAUACAGAAUAACAUAGAACAAAAGUGGAAGUAACGAGAAUGACUCAGAGUUUAAUUCAAAGUACAGUUAUUGUGGUUGGGGGACCCGCUGGUACAGGAAAAACCACUACUGCAACAGCUUUAGCUGAUCAUUUUUCAAGUCCAUUCAUUGAAGGUGAUGUCUUACAUCCUCAAGUCAAUGUGGAUAAGAUGUCAAAAGGAAUUCCAUUAACUGAUGAUGAUAGAUGGGAUUGGUUAAAGACUUUAAGUCAACAAACUAGUAUUGCUAGUUUGGAUAAAGAUAAUAAAUCUAAUAUUGCCAUUGUAUCAUGUUCAAUGUUAAAGAAAGUAUAUCGAGAUUAUAUCAAACUUAACUCGACUAAUCAUAAUCAUAUCAGAUUCCGAUUUGUGUUCUUAUAUACCACAUUUGAAGAAUUAAUCAAUCGAGUUGAGAAUAGAAAAGGCCAUUUCAUGAAGUCAGAUAUGGUUAAAUCACAAUAUGAAAUCAUGGAAAUCCCUGAAGGAGUUGAAUUGGUAUCAAAUGGUGGUGAUUCCAUAGCUAUUGAUGCUACUGGCAAAACCCCAGAACAGAUAAACAAGGAAGUCAUUGACUCUUUAGCAUUAUAGAUACAGUUAUAUACGCAUAAUUUUAAUAGACACAUAAUAUAACCCGUACCUAUUUUGAUUUAUUAGACUCAUCACCAUAAUCUCAACCCUAUUUGACUAUUGUCAUACACUGUAUUGAUGGACCUCUUCCUCCCCCUUACAAGUUGGCAGCCAAAAAAAAACGAACUGAUUGAGCCGAAAAAAGGGGGAAACAUUUACGCAGUCAAAAUUAGAAGAGGGAGGAGGGAAAAAAAAUUUAGUGAUGAU